CGCAUCCAUCCGUUUCGUCUUCAACCCUCUUCACACCCACCUCGGCUUGGUUCCCACGGCGGCGCGGGCGCGGUUCUUUCCUGGUCCAACAUUGUUAACAUCGCCCACGCCCUCACUCUCUCUUGUCUUCUUCCCAGACCACCUCAGUGCCCAGGCACCAACGCGUCCGAGGCUCGACACCGUGUGCCUUUCCAUUAGCGGGUGACCGUUCGCCGUCAGACCGGGGGCCGCAUCCCACUCUGGGCAUUUGGCGAUUGGGCUCUCUCUCCCCCUCGCUCUCUCUCUCUCUCUUCCCUUGUGCGGCCAAUUUCCUGCCAACGCGCACCACCGCUGUGCCACAGAUAAUAUCCUUUCCAUCGAAGACGCGCACUCGGCGACGGCGACGGCAACUUUGCUGAGCUCAGUAUCGGUCGUUGGAGCCUACGCGACUGCCUGCCUGCCCCCCGCUGGCGCAGCUUCUGUCGACCCGGCCCCCCACGAUCCCCGUUCCUCCCACCCACGACUCCUCUUCGUCGACCGACAUGGCCGACUUCCGCGCCUCGGGCGGCGACGACGACGCCCUGCCGCCGCCGCCUCAGCAACAAUCGCGGGAUCUCUCCGAACGUCAGUCGCUAGAGGACACGACCCCGCAGCAACAGCAGCAGCAGCAGCAGCAUAGCGAGCGGGACGGUGCUUCCGUUGACGAGGGCCCGGGCGCGAGCCAGAGCACCGACGUAGGCGACACUGCGCCGCGGAGCACUGCUUCCCAGGAGCAGCCUCGGCCAGCUGUCGACCCCGCAACGACCAAGCAGGUCAAUGAUGUGAUGGCUUCCGAGCUCGGUAUCCCGACCCUUCUGAAUCGCCUCAAGCAAAGCAUCGCGUCGGCAAAGGAAUUUGGCCUCUUUCUCAAGAAACGAUCUGUUCUCGAAGACGACCACGCACAAGGCCUAAAGAAGCUAUGCCGCCAGACGCAGGAGAGCGCACGCCGACCCGAGCACAGGCAGGGCUCAUUUGCACAGUCGUACGACGAGAUGGUCUUCAUUCACGAUCGAAUGGCCGAGAACGGUUCCAAUUUUGCGGCUUCACUGCACCAAAUGCAUGAGGAUCUUGUCGAGCUGGCUGCCAGUGCCGAGCGGGGUCGCAAGAGCUGGAAGGCUAACGGCAUGGCGGCAGAGCAAAAGGUUGCCGACCUCGAACAGGCCAUGCGCAAGAGCAAGGCCAAAUACGAUUCCCUGGCGGAAGAGUACGACCGCGCCAGGACUGGCGAGUCACGACCGGGUGGCGGCAAGGUGCUUGGUGCCUUCAAGGCGCAUAAGUCGGCCGCGCAGCAGGAGGAGGAUCUUCUCAGAAAGGUUCAGGCAGCGGAUCAGACCUAUCAAGGUCAUGUCAGUAACCUCCAGACCGAGAAGUCGCAUCUCCAGUCGGCGGUGCGCCCCGAAGCCGUCAAGGCGCUGCAGGAGCUCAUCACCGAGACGGACUCGGCGGUGGCGCUACAGAUGCAGAAGUUUGCCGCUUUCAACGAGAAGCUGCUCUUGGGUAAUGGCUUGAUCGUCAGCCCCUUCAAGGCCACGGGUCUCGAGAACACGAACCAGCCUCGAAGCUUGCGUCAAGCCGUAGCUGCCAUUGACAACGUCAAGGACUUCAAUGACUUCGUGGCGGCUCAGCAUUCCAAGGUGCCCGCGAACACUGAAGUCAAAUACGAGCGGAAUCCUCUUCUGAAGCCACCGACUGCGUCCAUGUCCUCUCAGCCGCCGAUUCAACCUCAAAUGAUGCAUCCACCGCAAACAGUUGGCCAGACCGCGACAUCGCAAGGAGGCUUGUCACAGGCGGCCUCUGCCGCUGGCCAGAGGAGCAGCACUGGCACCUUUAGUCCUCCUGGUGGCUUGAUGAACCCCGGCGGUCUCCCAGAUGGCCCUCAGGAUGCGCAGAGAGGGUUCCAGCAACCUCAUUCCAGGAGCUACAGCCACGGUAAUAUGUUGAUGCAACCGAGUGUCUCGCAGCAGCAACAAUUUUCGUCCAGAAACUCGGUGCAAUCGGCGCCACGCUACGGCAAUGGUACGCUUGGAGGCUCUCAGGGGCCGCCACAGCUUGGCGCGUUGCCUUUCCAGGGGUCGCAGCCGCUGCCUCAGCAGCCUUCCCCUGAUCAGUCCGGAUCUCCGUUUCCCGCCCCGCAGAAUAGACGGGGUAGCACUGGUGGUUUCGGCGGAGCGGCACCUCCUCCAGCUUAUGCUGCGGCAACCCAGGGUCCUCCCGCCCAAACUGUCACUGCGACGAAGCCCGUUUUUGGUGUCCCUCUAGGCCGGCUGUACGAGCGGGACGGGUUGGCCGUACCAAUGGUUGUUUAUCAGUGCAUCCAGGCUGUCGACCUGUUCGGUCUCGGAGUUGAGGGCAUCUACCGUCAGUCCGGUUCCUUGAACCACAUCAACAAGCUCAAGGGCAUGUUCGACGCAGACUCGUCCAACCCGGCUCUUGACUUCCGCAACCCCGAGAGCUUCUAUCACGAUGUCAACAGCGUCACCGGCCUGCUGAAGCAGUUCCUUCGGGACCUCCCCGAUCCUCUUCUGACUCUUGAACAUCACGAUGCUUUUAUCGCUGCGGCCAAGAAAGAUGACGACAUUCUCCGACGCGACUCCCUGCAUGCCAUUAUCAACGCUCUUCCCGACCCCAAUUACGCCACCCUCCGUGCCAUGACGCUGCACCUCCAUCGUGUUAUGGACAACUCACAUGUGAACCGCAUGAACUCGCACAAUCUGGCUGUGAUAUUCGGUCCCACCCUCAUGGGCUCCGACCCGAGCACGGCCAUUGCCGACGCCGGCUGGCAGAUCAAGGUCAUCGACACGAUACUGCAGAACACGUACCAGAUAUUUGACGACGACUAGGGUCUGUUUCCUGAAUAAUAUUUACAGCAAUCCUCCUCGCCUUUGAGUCACCUUCCCUCCCUUUGCCCGAUCAUGCCGGCUGGUGGCGGGAUCGCCCGUCCGCUUAUUGCGGGCAUGGGCGUGUCCUCCUCUCAAGUCUCCUCCGUCUGUACUGUACGAGUAAGUUUUGUGGUGGGUGGUGGUGGUGGUGGGAGGCUCCCUUGCUUUUCUCGUUGCGUCUUGAGCAUGUUUUCCUUUGCGCCGCGUGGUGGGUGGAGCCGAUUGGGCGAAAAUAGGUGACGGGCGGCAGCGACGGGUGGCAGGCAUGUGUCAAAGGGCCUGGAGGACGAGCGAUGGAUGAGCGAAGCCCCCGCUGAGACUGGUGGCGGACGCGAUGUGAUGAUGACCGCGGUAGGAUAGCAGCAAGUCGCCUAGCCUUCGGACGUAAUAAAGCCCUCACCUGUCAUAAUAAGCGCUCGCCAGCCAGCCUUGCUACAUACAAUAACUAUACUGUGGCAUGCGUAACGGCCGUGUCGGCUGUGGUGGUCGACAUCACGAAGUCAUGAGCGUAAGGUAGUAGGCCUAAUCCUACGGGGCGCACACGGUCGUCGCGCGGUUGGUCCAUCAGGCCCAAUUCAUAUCCUGGCGGUAUUUGUGACAUUGACGAUGCUUCAUUUUCCCCGGUUCAUCCAAACCCCUCCCCCAUGCAUGCUAUACACAAUGUUGAAUCACGUCUACAAACGCCUAUCCCCCCAUCCCCCGCUUCCCUCCCUCCCUCCCUCCCUCCCUCCCUCCUCCCACCGCCCGUCCACCAUCGGCUUUAAUGUACCUCGCCACAUGCAAGUUGCCACCAUCCGGCACGACAAAGGGCCCAGGUCCAAGUCGGGGCGGGGCAGAAGGCGGAACACAGCAACAAAAACAACUCCACACCAUCGCCAUGCAAAAAAAAAGAAAAAAAAAAAAAAAAAAGAUAGCUAAACAAGUCCUUCCCCGGAGGGCGGGCUCUGCAAGAAACCACUCAUACUCAACCUUGGCCGCAUGGUUGCGCCGGCUGCAAUACGGCGGCUUUCCUCCUUCUGCUCCAGUGUGCUGAUCAUAACGUCGUGUGAGCGAUUUCUCCUCGUUCCCCAUCGGAUGGAUAAAUGCAAAACAGGGGGAAAUUGAAAUAAAAAGGUAAAGACCUCAAGGAGGUGUGCUAGAGAACAGAUAAAAGUGCGAUGCGUCUCCCGGGGACGCCUUGGACAAAAACAAAUGGCGUAUCGGAACAGCGUGGACAGUGAUACAAGCCUCAUAUCAAAUGCGCUUCAUCUUCGUGCUGGCAGUCAUCACUGCGUCUUAAUGGCUUCGAACAAGCCUAAACUCAAGCUUGUGUCGUUCUCCCCGACAUUGGGCGUUGGUU